AUGCCUGGAAGCGCAAAAGAGACGGUCUGGCAAGCACUGGAUGAGUACAUUCACAGCCAAGCGAAGGCACUGAAGGAAUUGAAUCACAGUAUACAUGAUCAUCCUGAACUUGCGUACAAGGAACAUCACGCCCACAAUGCCAUCUGCGAUUUUCUUGAGCAACUCGGAAUUUCAGUUACCCGGCACGCAUACGGGCUAUCGACAGCUUUUGAAGCGACCAGUGGUUCCAAUGGACGAUGCAUCAACUUCAACGCUGAAUAUGAUGCUUUGCCAGGCAUAGGCCAUGCUUGCGGUCACAAUCUCAUUGCGACCGCUAGCGUGACUGGAUUCAUCGCCCUUUCAUAUGUUAUCCAGAAAUUCGGCCUCCCGGGCCGGGCCCAAUUGCUGGGUACACCAGCUGAGGAAGACGGGGGCGGCAAAAUCGACCUAUUGGAGGCUGGGGCGUAUGAGAAGGCAAAUGUGUCGCUUAUGAUGCAUCCAAUGGCGGAGAGCGAAUUUCUUAAACUUGGUGCGAGGGGCAUUGCAGGACGAACCUCGAUCGCUUGUUAUGAUGUUAUUGGAGCCUAUGAAGGAGUUAGCGCUCACGCCAGUGCCGCACCCUGGGAGGGUGUUAAUGCUCUGGAUGCGGUGGUGGCUGCGUACAACAAUAUAUCAAUGCUCCGUCAGCAAAUCCAGCCGACCGACAGGAUUCAUGGCGCAAUUCUAAACGCACCUGAUAUUACAAACGCCAUUCCCGAGAAGGUGCAGACGAAGUAUACCAUACGGAGUCCCACAAUCCAAGGUGCUAAAGCGCUUGGGCAGCGGGUACGCCAAUGCCUGGAAGCUGGCGCCCUAGCGACUGGAUGCAAGAUCCAAUUCGAGGAGACCAAGGCAUAUGCCAACUUAGUUGUCAACCAACCGCUCUGCGAGGAAUUUCGAGACCAUUCAAUCGCGCAAGAAGAGAAAAUGCUGGUGGCAGACGAUGUACCCAUGUCUGGCUCCACUGACCAAGGAAACGUUUCUCAUGCAUUGCCAAGUCUACAUGCGCUGAUCGGAAUUCCAGCUACAGCCCAGAAUCAUACCCAUGAAUUCACGGCAGCAGCUGCAUCAGAGGAAUCUUUUCAGCGAACGCUGAAGUCGGGGAAAUCCAUGGCCAUGACGGGUUGGGCGCUCUUGACUGAUGAGCAUCUUUAUACGCGUGUGAUUCAAGACUUCGAGAAGAAUCAAGGUAACCAGUAG